ACGACUCAGGUUUAGCGGGUCGACGGGAAUUUGCAUCAUGUAUAUCUUCUGAUCUGUAGUUACACUGAAGUUCAAACCACAAACAAAUAAAAGGAAAAUUCUCCAGGCAUAUGAGCCCAGCCGAUACAGGACUUACACAAACACUCGCAAGGGGGGUUGGGUUAAUAAACUCAAUAAAUACCACAUUUAAAAUCAAUCUUAUUUUUAAGAUUCUAUCUUUGAAUAAACUCACAUAAAAUACACCAAAUCAUUAAAAAUCAAGCAUUACUAACACCCUUUUGACGCCUUUGACCAGCCUAGAAGAGGAGGAGCCUUGGCGGUAUAGUUUGCAUGUAUGAAUACUUCAUCAUGCACUGACACAUAUGUAAAAGUUCUCCAGGCGGACCCGGCACAUCCUAGCUGGUUGCAGUUAUGGCCGCUUGCCUGCUUCUGCUGGUUGUGUGCUGGCUGUUCAGACCAGUCUGCACCUCACCCGAAUGGUUCAACAACAUUUCUACAGACCUCUUCAGCAUGCCCGGAGACAUAAAGCUGGGAGGGCUUUUUCCCAUCAAGGAGCAGUCCAAUGGCACGUCAAAUGACUCGACAAAACUCAAUAGUAUAACUUGUGACAGUUUGAAUAAAGUUGGCCUGGGCCGUGCUUUGGUGAUGAAGUAUGCAGUGGAGGAAAUCAACGGCAACAACAAGCUUCUGCCUGGAGUCAAGUUGGGUUAUAAAAUCUACAACACAUGCAGACACUCUGCCGUCGUGGUGAGGCCUGCUCUUUCCUUCCUCACAGAGAAGUCCAUCGGGACUCUUUCUGUAGAGUGCAAUUACACCGACUAUGAGACGGACAUGGUUGCCGUAAUCGGUCCUCAAACCUCAGAAAUGGUGACCGUCAUCGGAAAACUCCUGGGAUUCUUUCUGAUGCCUCAGAUUAGCUUUGGCGCCACCAGUGACAAAUUCAGUGAUAGUCUUGUCUACCCAUCAUUCUUCCGCACGGUUCCCAGCGAUAUACGGCAAGUGGAUGCCAUGGCGCAGCUGAUUAAGAAAUUUAAUUGGAACUGGGUGGCAGUAGUGGGGAGCGAAGAGGAGUACGGACAACAAGGUGUUCAGCAGUUCUCCAAAAAAGCCGAGAACAUGUCUGUUUGUGUGGCCUACCAGGGCCUGAUUCCAAUAUAUGAUGAUCCCAAACCAGCCAUCGAAACCAUCAUUAGCAAUAUCAAAACCACUGAGGUCAAAGUGGUUGUGGUGUUCGCUCUCGUGGGCCCAGCGGUGUCAUUUUUCGAAGAGGUUAUCAAGAAUAAUUUGAGCGGUGUUUGGAUUGCCAGUUCAAGCUGGGCCAUAGAUGAUAGAAUUUAUUCCCUCCCCGGCAUUAGAAAUAUUGGGACAGUUAUUGGAUUUAUCGACGCGACAGAGACCCUGGAACAGCUGAGUCCUUUCACUGAGGCUCUAUUCCAGAAACUGAGUGAGAAGAGGACGCCAUCUCCUUCAACAGAGAAACCCGGGGACCCCGAGAACCCCUGCCCAGAGUGCUGGGAUCUGUCCCCUGCAAAUAUCAGCCUGGUGAAAGACGAGUCCGUGCGGAGGACAGCGUUUAGUGUGUACGCCGCCGUUUACACUGUAGCACAUGCACUGCAUCAAUUACUAGAGUGCAAUUCCAUUUCUUGCAAGUGGAGUUCAAGCACGCCGCUGUAUCCGUGGAAGCUGUUGGAGGUUUUAAAGGAAAUCUCUGUGAACAUAAGUAACACCAGUUUAAAGUUCGAUGAAAACGGCAACCCAAAUAUUGGCUACACCGUGAUUCAAAGGAUUUUGGAUGACAAAAAUUCUUCAGAGACAUUUGUGGGAAGUUAUCAAUCGGAAAUUCUGAAUAUCAAUAAAACCCUCUUCAAAUGGUACACCAACGACAGUAUGAUACCUGAGUCCAAAUGUUCAAAGGAUUGUGAACCAGGUCAGGUGCGCCGAGUGAAAGGGUUCCAUUCCUGCUGUUUUGACUGUAUCGACUGUUUAGAGGGCACUUACCAGGCGAACGCAGAUGACCUGCAGUGCACCGAGUGUCCUAACCGCCAGUGGUCCUCGAAAAGCAGCAACAGUUGCACUGACCCCAUUUUUGAAGUUUUGGAGUGGAACGCAUCUGUGUCCCUGUAUAUGAUUCUGGCAGGGGUUGUCCUGCUCAUUUGCCAGGGGUCAGUGUUUGUGCUGUUCCUGGUGCAUCGCGGCACGCCCGUGGUGCUGGCUUCGGGAGGCGCUCUAACUUUUGUUACUCUGCUCGGUCUGAUGGGAGCCUGUUUGAGCCUGCUGCUCUUCUUCGGGCAGCCGGGAGAUGUCGUGUGUCAACUUCAACUCCCUCUCAUCUCCAUAUUUCAAACUGUGGCUCUCUCUGUUGUCCUGGCUGUGUCGCUGCAGCUGUUCCUCGUGACGGAGUUUCCGGAGACCGUAGCUCCUCACCUGCAAAAACUGCGAGGCCCAGCCAGCUGUGUGUUUGUGCUGAUCUGCUGCGUGGUGCAGGCUGGCCUUUGUGGCUGGUUCGUCCAGGAGGGACCCACUCUGUCACAAUACAAGGCAAACAUGACCAUAAACUUCCUCAAGUCGUUCCUGUCAUGCCCAGUGCCCUCAGAAAAACUUGCUCUGAUGCAGGGCUUAAACGGCUUCAUGGCACUCGUGUCCUUCAUGUGCACCUUCAUGGCAGUGAAGCCGCUCCAUCAGUACAAUCUCGCAAGGGACAUCACCUUCUCCACCUUGAUCUACUGCGUGAUUUGGGUGAUUUUCAUCCCAGUCUACACCGGCUUUACAACAUCUCAGUCCACUGACUCCAUGAAGAAAUCCAUCGCUCAUGUUUCCUUCACCCUGGCUGGAAUCUCAGGACUGGUGAUGGCUUAUUACCUCCCAAAGUGCUAUUUGCUUUUAAGGAAACCCAACCUGAACGCACCAAAGCAAUUCUGCACCUUCUUAGAAGGAGUCCCACCCACACGAACCGAGGAGGAGCCACAACCACAACAAGAUAAAUAAAUGCUUUGACAGAUCACUGAACAGCUUAAUACAGUUAGAAGGUAGAUUUUUGACGGAUUUGGGAAACGUUUUUAAUUGAAGGUUCAAGCUACAAAGAAUUGGAACAGUUAAACUAAGACAAAGUUAAAUACAAGAUAUGUAACUUACCUUUUUUUGUUGUUUUUUACCAAAGUCUAUAAAUCAUGAUGAUUUUUGUAAUUAUUGUUUUAUCAAAGUUGUUUGCUUUGUAAUUAUAUACUGAUUAUUAAUUCAAAAAUUAGUACACUUGAAGUUUAUUUUAUUAAGUAUAUAAGUAUAGCAAGUACACUAGACCAUGUACUUGUGUAAAAAGUAUAACAGAAUACUUCUACAGUCUAAAUGUAAUUUUUUUAAGUUUGCAAUAUAUGUAUAAUAAAUUUCAAGCAUACUGCCUCAUUUUUAGUACAGACUAUGUAUGUAGUACAGUAAAUAAACUACUUUUUGAUAAGGACUGCAAACAUUUUUAUGUAAAAUCCACAAUUUGAAACAAAAAAUAUGUAUAUAUUUUCACAUUUAUCUGGGUUUUAUUUCACUUUUUGUCCUCAACAUUGAAUUAAAUCUGACAGAAUCUGGUUUUAUUUUCUUGUUUUCAGGAAAAACAUACAUUUCGUAUCCAGGUUAUCUUGUUGAUUUGUUUAGUUAUUGUUUCCUGUUAUGCGUUUUGCAUGAUCACAUCUGGGUGAAGUUAGAAAUCAUCACAGCUGCUUGGAUCUAGUUAAACUUCCAACUUCCUCUCUGUGUUUCUGUCAAAGUGAGGUGAAGCCAGAAUCCUAAUUAAUUUCUAAUAUAUUUCAAUUAAAAGAAUAAACCUGUUUUUAUUGUAAAGUUGUUUUAUUUAUGUUAAAGAUGAUUAAAAGAUAAACAAAAAACAAAGGUCAAAUGUAUUUGUGGUGCAUCAUCUAUGGUGAGGCACCACAAAUACAGCUAAAUUAAAACGACACCAGGGAUUAUUAAUAUAAUUUAUUCCAGUUUCCCACUCCUGGGCUCCU